AUGGCUAGUUCAGCAAAGAAACUAAAAGUGCAAAAUAGCAAGGAUACUAGAGAAUUUCAGACUUGGUGGACUGAUAAAUUCGGCGUGAUUAAUAAAGGUGACAAAGCAGUGUGUGUUUUAUGUUCUGGCACCAUGGUAUGUAGAACAUCUUCCGUUAAACGGCAUUUUGAAACAAAUCACAAAUCAAUUUGUCAAAAAAGCGAAGCAGAGCAAAAGGAAUUAAUUGCGAGUGCUUUGAAAGACAGAAACAAACAGUCAACAUCAAUAAAUAAAUUUGUUGGCAAAAAUUGUCAUACAAGUGCGGCAAGUUACACGGCUGCAAAUGUCAUUGCUCGGCAUAGUAAACCCUUUCAAGAAGGCGAGUUUUUAAAGGAAGCCUGGUUAGCAUGCGCGCCUUCUCUUUUUGCUGAUUUCGAGAAUAAAAAUAAGAUAAUUCAGCGCAUCAAAGAUACUCCUUUGUCCAGAAACACAAUAAAGGAAAGAAUCUUAAAAUUGGCUGAAAAUGUUACAGAGCAACAAAAGCUUGACAUUCACUCUGCUUCAUUUAUAUCGCUAUGCCUCGACGAAAGCACUGACGUCACAAAAUCUGCACGUUUAGCUGUUUUUGCUCGAUACUGCGUAGGAAACGUCAUUAAGGAGGAAUUAAUUGCGAUAAAAUCGUUACCAACAACUACAAAGGGCGCAGAUAUUUGUACGGCAGUUAAAAAUUCGAUAGUUGAAAAAGAAAUUGAUAUAAAAAAAGUUGUUUCUGUAACAACUGAUGGUGCUCCGAGUAUGGUGGGUAAAAAAAUUGGUUUCAUAAGUUUAUUUCAAACUGAAGUAGGACAUUCGAUUCUUGAAUUCCACUGCAUCAUUCACCAACAAGCCUUAUGCGCUAAGAGCGGUUUAACAUCUCUUGAUAAUGUUAUGGCAGUAGUUACGAAAAUAGUCAACCUCAUCUCUGCUCAGGCUUUAAACAAGCGAAAGUUCGACGCUUUGUUGGAUGAAGUCAACUCCGUGUAUAAUGGCUUACUCAUGUAUAAUAAUGUUCGGUGGCUGAGUCGUGGGUCUGUACUUGAAAGAUUUGUUGAAUGCUUGGAAGAAAUCAGACUGUUUCUGCAAAAUGAGGGAAAAAUUGAACAAUACCCACAGCUUUUGGACGUCAUGUGGCUUUCAAAAUUGAUGUUUUUUACAGACAUAUGCCAACACUUAAAUACGUUAAAUGUGAAGCUUCAAGGCACAAACAAAACAAUAAUCGUCAUGAUCGAUCUCAUUCGCGCCUUUGAGGCUAAACUGCAAGUUUUCAGAAACGAUAUUAUCGCAAAAAACUACAAGUAUUUUCCAUACUUGAAAAAAUAUAUCAAUGAAUCUGAUAUACAUGAGACAACAAAUGCAGAAAAUAUUACUGAGAAAUUUAUCUCUGUGAUUGAUUCUUCAAUUAAGGAAUUUUCAACAAGAUUUUCUCAGUUCAAAGAAUUAUCAGAAACGGUCAAGUUUAUUAUGUACCCAGAUGUAACGACCUUUCAUACACUGAACUUCUCCCAGUUCGAUUGGUUGGAAAUUGAAGAUUUUGAAAUGCAGCUGAUUGAUUUCCAAUCUAGUUCAAUUUGGAUACAAAAAUUCAUAGACAUGAGAAAAGAAUUAGAGUUAAUUGAAACAGAAAGAUUGACCAGUAAUAUAAGUAAAGAUGCCAAUAAUAAAAUUUUAGAAACCUGGAAUGCGUUGCCAGAAACAUUUAAUUGUUUAAAGAAGCUGGCUCACGCUAUUCUAACUGUAUUUUCAUCAACAUAUGCCUGCGAGUCAUUGUUUUCAGAGAUGAAUAACAUCAAAGACUCUGUUAGAAAUAGACUGACUGAUGAAUCAAGUUCAGCAUGCAUUCUGCUAAAAGGCAGAGUUGCUAACAAUAUUGCCUCUAAUGGUAACACUCGAGGAGAAGAUUUAUUCAAGGUAAUUGAUGAAUUUAUUACUAAAUCUAAAAUCAGUUACGAUAAAAUUGUGUCGCUUUCAACUGACGGGGCCCCAGCAAAGAUUGGCAAAGAAAAAGGUGUAGUAAAGAGAAUUAGGGAUAAAAAUCCAGGCCUAAAAUCAUAUCAGUGUAUAAUUCACCAGGCAGCCCUUUGUGGAAAACUUAGCGCUACACUGAAAGAAGUGAUGGACAGCUUAGUGAAGUUAGUAAAUUUUAUGAGAUCUCAUUCUGCUCUUCAGCACCGACAUUUCAAGGAGUUUCUUUUUGAAUGUGAUUCAGCGUAUUCUGACUUACUGCAACACAACAAUGUUCGUUGGCUAAGUAAAGGUCAAGUUAUUGAACGUUUUUGGCUAAUAAAAGAACAAGUAACCUCCUUCUUGCAAAACUUAGAUACGCAGGGAGCUAAGAAGCACCUUGAGUUCGUAACAAAUAAGAGCAAUAUGCUGGUUGUGGCUUUUCUAAAAGAUAUUUUGAAAUAUUUAAAUGCGCUCAACACAGAGUUACAAGGAAAUGGAAAAUUAAUAUGUGAUCUGAUAUAA